AGAAGAACAAAUAGCAGAGAGGCAGGUAGGGCGUCGACGACUACCACGACGACGACGACGGCGACGUAGGUCGGUUCGCGGCGCAUGGUCCCCGGCAUCGUCACGGACCUCGUCAUCGUGACGCGUCCUCCUCUUGGUGGAUGUCGCGCCGGUUAGUCGUAACUCUCGUGGUGGACGUCCUCGUGAGCGUGCAAUGCGGGCCGUAGGCAGGGAGGAGGGUAGGCAGGGGGGUAUAGGAGGGCACGGAGGGCACACGGAACGGAGGAACGAGGUGGGGACCCGGCGAGAGGUCGGGAAGAGAGGCACCAAUAUCGAACCGGCGGCCGUGGUGCGCGGCCGGAGUGCAUUCCGUGAGCGGUAGACGCGUAUCGCACAUCUAGACAGUCGUCGCGAACAGGCCGAUAUGAGCGUGCGUGUAUCGUUCGUACGUGGUAACUAGACUGGGUACGUAACGAUCGAGUUUAACGCACAACGCGUAUCCGUGUGUGUCUGUGAGGAGAAAUCGUGAGGGAGUCGCGCGUGGUGGCCACGGGGGCCGCGAUAGGAGGAGGAGGAGGAAGAAAGAAGUGUCGUUGUUUAACGUUUUUUUCGGUUUUGUCGGCGAGACGACGAGAAAGAGAAACGCAGCGGUUGCUGCCGAUGUACAUGGUGGUGGUUGUAGCAGGGUGUGGUGUACGGAGAACAGGUGUCCACGAGCGCAGCUCGACCGUGAAACGAGGAGAAGCCGGAAACGUAGUACGGAGCCGGUGCGAGUACGACAGAAUGAAUUUUCGGGCUGGCUAGCCCGGAGCGAAGACUCGCGCGAGCAACAUCAGCGAGGGACGGCACGAGGUGAAACGCGGCAGCUGCGAGCUGGCGGCGAAUCAUGUCGGAGACACCACCGAAGAGCGCGAGUCCUGCCGGCAGCCGGGCCAGCCCUGGCAGCCCGAGCACGCCACGUGGAGGUCGACUCCGGGAUAGAGUCAACUUUUUCGUGGAAUUGUUCGAGGACAAGGAGGCAAGGCGGAAUGCGGGUCAGUACAGAUCGCCCACGAAUCCUAGACCCGGUUCCAGGCCAUCGUCUCGGCCGUCGUCCAGAGCUAGCGACUCGUCGUUCGAGGAGAGCUUCGAACGGUUGGUGGAGGAGGGCGAAUUGAACGGUUCGAAGGUGGUGAAGUUCGAGAAGAUCACGGUGCGGAAGAGCGUGAGAGAGAUCGGGACCGGUGGCGUGUCGACCCGUGCUUCUCUCGCCGAAUCGAGCAGGACGCCUAGCGAGGAACACGCCCUCGAGGACUCGGCCUACCAGAGUCACAGCCACGGUGCACCGAAUUACGGGAGUAAGUCGAGCUCUGUCACGUCGUUCACGAGAUUUCCAUCGGAGGAGAGUUUGUCGCAUAGGAGGGGCAGUAGCCCUCACCAGCAUCUGGGUUUGGACGAUCGAACGCCGUCCGAGUGGUACGCGGAAUAUCGCACCCAGAGCUUCCACAACGUCGCCACCAGGAUCGAAUAUGUGCGCAGUAAGAGCGAGUACGAUGCACAUAUCGCUGAGAUUAAAGACGAACAAGAACGCGUACAAAAGAAGACCUUCGUCAACUGGAUCAAUUCCUAUCUCUCCAAGAGAAGUCCACCGCUUCGAGUGGAUGAUUUAAUCGAGGAUCUCAAGGAUGGCACCCGCCUACUCGCAUUGCUCGAAGUUCUAUCCGGCGAGAAGUUGCCGGUGGAAAGGGGUCGUAACUUGAAGAGACCGCAUUUUCUUAGUAACGCGAAUACUGCGCUUCAGUUCUUACAAAGUAAAAAAAUCAAGCUAGUGAACAUAAAUUCGUCCGAUUUAGUAGAUGGACGACCGCCCGUAGUGUUAGGCUUGAUAUGGACUAUCAUCUUAUACUUCCAGAUCGAGGAGAAUACCAGAGCAUUGGAAUAUCUUGGACAAACAUGGGGUAGUCAGAGCAGCUUAGAGAGCUUAAGUACCCAAGGGUCGGCGACCAGCGAGAGAAAACGCAUCAGUAGCGAGAAAUGGAAGCAGGGAGCAAGAAAAACUCUGCUUCAGUGGGUUACCAAUGCUCUGCCAAAGGACAUAAAAGUACGAGAUUUCGGUGAAAGUUGGCGCGAUGGCAAUGCCUUCCUGGCCAUCAUCGACGCGAUCAAGGCAAACUUGGUGAACAUCGCCGCCAUGAGAGAAGCAACGAACAGAACACGCCUAGCAACCGCGUUCCACGUGGCCGAAUCUGAACUGGGUAUCGCCAAACUCCUCGAUCCCGAGGAUGUCGACGUUCCUCAGCCGGACGAGAAAUCGAUAAUGACCUACGUUGCCCAAUUUUUGCACAAAUAUCCGGAACCAGGAUCUGCAGCUUCCGAUUCGUUCGCAGCUGUGCAACAAGAAUAUGAUGGCCUGCUCGCUUGGCUUUAUGAAAGACUCAAAUAUUUAGAACAGAUGGGCAGUUCCCCAUUGGGUUAUGAUGAAUAUGCUGCAGUAAAAGCAGAAGUCGAGCAACAGAGAAUUGUGUAUAAUAAGCUGCAACGUCUUGUCGAAACUCCUAGCAUGAUCAGCAUCACCCGAGAUUCUUGGAGACAUGUGCAGAAUCUGUGGAAGACCUUGGAAAUGCUUAUGUUACGCUGGCUUUGGGUCUUAGAUUCUUACCUACCAGGCGAAUUAAGCGUUGUAGGCAGAUGGUUGUGUCGUGCAGAAGAUCUUCUAUUAUCCGAUAACAAUAUCCCAGAAGAAAUGACAGAAGAAACAGCCAACAUAAUAUCGAAUAAACUUGAAGAACACAAAAAGUUCUUCCUCGACCUUCCGUCCAUGACGGAGCGAUUUCAAGCGGCAAGGGGUUCCGAGGUCGCGUUGAAAGUGCAUCCUCAACAACUGAAUGAGAUGGCGGCUCGAUUAGACAGCUUGCCGGAUCGCGCUGCCAAACGUAGAAUCCGACUAAAGUUCCUGGAGCACAAAUGUUGCCUUAUUGCUUUCUUGUUCCUAGUCGAGACGAAGUUAAAGGGAUGGAGCGUGAAAUAUGGCACGGAAGAGAGUGUACAUCAGAUGUUAGAGCAGUAUAGAAACUUCGUGUCUCGAAAUAGAAUUUUCCAGGAAUUCCAGAAAGCGUAUUUAGACAUGCAACAAAUCGUCGAGGAUUAUAAACGCGAGGGUAAUGUUGAUCAAGAAGAAAGCGCUAAUAUCGAUCGUUUUAUGAGAGAGACAAGUGACAAAUGGAAGAGCGUAUCCAUGGAUCUUCGUUGCGUGCAAAGCAUGCUCGAGGAAGUAGUAGCCUAUUGGCGUCGAUGGAAUGUCAUCUCUGAUGAGUUCGUAACAUGGUUGAAUCGCGCUGAACCUGCCUUACACCUUCCUGAAGAAGAUAAAAUGGAGUUUUUCCAAGACAUAAGCGUAUGGAAGGAUAAACACCAACAAUUAUCCGACACAGUGACAUUUUUAAUCGCCACCUCUGACGAAUCAGUCGCUUUGCAACUGAAACAACGUUAUUCGAGUCUCACUUCCAGAUGGGAAUCUCUGUUCCAAGAAGCGAAGCAAUAUAUGCAUGCUGGAGAUGUUAUAAGAAAUAGAAAAGAUUACAGAGCAGGAGUGGAGACACUGCAGAAAUGGCUGAGAAACGUCGAAACAGCCUUGUCAGCCACUGAUCUAACCACAACUGAGAAAAUCAAAGCUUACGGUGAAAAGCUACAAGUCUUCCACAACGAGGUAGAAGGGAUCGAAGAUCUAUUCAAAAGUAUCAGCAAGAAGUUUCAAACACUUAUUCAAGAUUUGUCUCGUGAUGAAGUGGAUAAGAUGAUGAACACUUUAAAAAAAGAGAAAGAAGCUCUAGUCAAAGUACGAGCUUUGAUACCGAUGCAGUUGCAUUUGUACCAUCAACUUCUGGUCCAACAAGAGUCUCUGGAGGCUGGUCAGAAGGUAGCUGCCUGGUUGGACGAAGCAGAGAGAAUGUUGACCAAUGUCGAUCUGUCACGUGGUAGGGAACACAUUCUGGCACAAUUAGAUCGCCAUAAAGCUUUCUUCUCGAGAACCCUAUAUUACAAAUCUAUGCUAGAGUCCAAGAACAAAGUAUUCACCAGUAUAGUAAAAUCUGUGGACAGUCACGCUGACGUAGCCACUGCAGAAGGUGGAAAAACGUUGAGAGAAUUGAAUGAACGAUUCAACAGAGUUUCCCAAGCGGCUCAAGCUUUGGAGCAGCGACUUCAGGAAGCUGUCAGAUGCUGGACCAAAUUCAAAGAGUGCGAGAGACAAGUCUGCGAAUGGCUAUCAGUCGCAGAAACCAUGAUGAAUGAUAAACAUACCGAUAAUAGACGAUCAAUAGAAUAUCAUAAGAAUUUCUUCAGCAAUGUUAACGAGAAAUGGAUUCAAGAUUUCGUGAAUGCUGGACAGGAUUUGAAAAGUAUUCUGCCUGUCGAACAGCAAGUUCCUAUUUCAGAAGCUGUAGAAUCACUUCAGAAACGUUGGAAGGAGGUAUUAACCUUCGCUCCUCUUCAUUUGAUGAGACUCGAGUUCCGUCUGGAUGAAACUACGUUCUUACAAUAUUUGAAAGAGAUUGAAGUAGAAGUGAAUUCAGAACAGCAGGCUCUAAUGAAGAACGACAACGUGGAGAGCAUACUGCAAAGGAACAAGGAAUUUUUCGUAAAUCGUGGCACUGUACUCGAAGUAGAGAAGUGUCUGCAGACUCUGAAGAAGAUCAGUGAUGCAUAUAGUCAGUUAAAACCCAACGACACCAGCUUGGCUGAGGCCGCACAACAUGCUGAAAAUUUAUGGGAGGAUUCUGCUCAGAGAGUAGAACGUUUGAGGGAACAACUGAAACAAGUGCCUGAGCAAUGGGCUGCUUACAAGAAGAAAUUCGACGAAAUGGUACGAUGGAUGGAUCACGUGGACAGUAAUUUGAGGACCAUAUUACACGAGGUGAAUACUCUAGAGGAAUUCGAGACAGAGAAAACGAUAUUCCAGAAAAUAUGCAGAGAAGCAGACAGCAAGCGCGAAGAAAUGAAAUGGUUGGUCCAAACCCUCGACAGCCUGACUUCCAAUCGUUCUGAUCACGAAGCUCUUUCAGAGCAGAAUCGUUUAGAACAGCUGAUCACUCGUUACAAGAAUCUGAUACCAACAAUAGAAAUUACUAUGACGAAAACUGAUAUUUAUUCAAAGAGUUACACUUAUAGAAAGGAAGUUCGUGAGGUGUGCACUCUUUUGCACAAAGUCAAAGAUCAAUCUAAGAUAGAUGUAGUAGCAGAAACUCCAGAGACCUUGAAGACCGCGGUCACUCAUCAAGAGAGCCGUCUUAGUCAGUUAGAACAACAGAGAUCAAAUAUCGUGAGCAUGCUACAACGUGGCAAGGAUCUUUUAAAAGAUCAACACGCUCCUCCAUUCGUGUCCUUGGAGGUACAACAACUAGAAUCCAGCUGGAAUGAUACAUAUGGACAAAGUGUAGAGACCUUGAAAUCUCUGAAGAGUUCGCAAAAGUUGUGGAACACUUAUCUGCAGCAGAAAGAGGAGAUUUUGAAAUUGAUCGAACAAGCUGAAGAAGAAUUAAGAAAAAUCGAAUCGACUACUUAUUAUGACGCUUCACAAGUAUCAUCCGAUUUACAGAGUAAACAAGAUUUCAGUUCCACUUUGAGAAAAUCUGCCGAGGAGUUGUUGAAAAAGUUGCAAGAGACGUAUAGCCAUUUGACAGAGGUCGCAGCACCGGAAAAGAAAGAAGUGUUGAAGAAAGAGAUCAUUCAUACCGAAAAAAAAUAGACCACUCUGAAGACUGUCCAAGAGAAAGUAGUUUAUCUGCAGGAACACAGUACCAGAUGGAAUAAAUUCCAAACAAAAUUGAACGAAUUGCAAUUGUGGACUCAACAGAGUGCUCCGCAAUCAAUUGCAGAUACUGAAAAUUUGGCAACAACUCCUGAAGAGAUGGUCUACAGAACUGAGAGUUUACAGAAGGAAAUUAUAGAGAGGACCAGAACGUUGAAAUUCCUCGAAGAAGAAUCUCAGAAACUCGUGAAAGGUAGUGUUGAUACUCUUCCAGCCAAGCAAUUGCGCAGUGAUAUCAUAACUCUCGAAAGAAGCAUCGAAACCCUUCAGAAGAGCAUUGUAGCUCAACGUCAAACAGCUGAACAAAAUUUACAAACCUGGAAAGAGUACGAGAAAGGUAUUCAAGAGCUAAAACCUUGGAUCGAAGAAGCAGAAUCAAAAGCAGCUACUAUAGGCAGUAAACCAACCACUCUAGCUCAGGCAGCUCACAUGUUAGAAACAGCCAGAGCAUUUGAAACACGAUGCCAGCAACAUUUUCCUCAGAUCCAAGAUCUAUCCUUGAUCAGCCAACGAAUAACAGGAAAAACAUCAGCUUCCGACGAAGUGGAUGCCGUUCAUACUCGUUGGAACGCUGUGCAUGAUAUAGCAGUUCAAACGACCACGAAGUUGGACAAAUUGGUUACUUCAUGGAACAGUUUCGAAUCUGAGAUAAAAGAAUUCAACGAGUGGUUGGAAAGAUCGGAGAGAACGGUGCUCGUAGAACCAAACGCCGAGACACCCGAAAUAUCAGUACUGGAAAAGGAACUGGCACGAUUGAAGGACUUCAACAAGACUAUAUCUGAUCAUCAAGCGCAGUUGAUAUCGCUGACUCAGGUUUCUGAUCAUAUUAGUCACGGAUUAUCCUUGGAAGGAGCGACUAAUUUGAAAGCUCGAGUCUCAGACAUUAAAGCUAGAGUCAGCAAACUGGCUGAUACGGUCAGAUUGCAGAUCAAUCGUGUAUCCGACUCGUUGUUAGCUCGCCAAGAAUUUCAAAUGAAAAUCACUGAUUUUGAGAAUUGGAUGUCGCGACUGAGAUCCAAUAUCGCUGAGAUCAGUGAUGCUACUGUCGAUACGGUUGACACGAAUCUUCAAGCCGUGCAUGCGUAUAUCCAGGAACAUUCUGAAAAGCAGCCAAGCUUGGAAGCUAUCUGUCAAGAGGUGAAAGAUAUAUGUCCCAAAGGAUCUAUGCAAGCGACAGUUGCCUUGGUCGAUACUUAUACCAAUUUAGAGAAGAAGUACAAGGCCCUGGGAGAUGAUUUGCAACAGAAAAAGAAAGGAUUGGAGAAAUGGAUAGAGCUAUUGAGUUGGUUGAACGAUGCCAACGCUCAGUUGAGCCAUUGUAAGUAUGAAGCUGAAGCUAGAAAGCCUACCAUUGCCGAUUUGGAGAGAUUUUCGUCCGAAUUACGAACCAUCUAUGAUAAAAUUGAAACGUGGAAACAGCAUGUUUUGCCUGACAGUGCUAUUGGAAUACAAAUUAGAGACAAACAGGGAAAACCUCUUUCCGCGUCAGGUUUGUUGAUCGACUUGGAAAACAAGGCAUUGUCUCUGCAAAAUGAGAUAUCCGCGAAACGCGAUAGACUAGAAAAUCUUGGUGCCAGAUGGAAUAAUUUCAGAACAUUGCAGCAAACGAUCACUGAGAAGAUAUUGAAUACGCAAACUGCUCUUCAAGAGACGGUUUACAACGUUGACUCAUGCAAACAAUUAGCCCCUGCUGUGGAAAAAAUCGAUCAAUUAAUCGAAGAACAUCAGAAGAGGGAACAGGAGAAAGAGAUCCUCCACUUUGAAGGUAGUUCCUUGAUGAAAGAGGAUCAGAGAUCGACGACCAAUAUUCAAGUAGUUCUAUCCUCUGUCGAUGCUAAUUGGGAGAAGGUGAACGAGCUUCUUCGAGAACAGAGGAAGAAAUAUGCUGAUAUGAAUACAGACUGGAAAGAUUACGAGGAAGCCAGACAAAAGGUAGAGAAAUCUAUCAAAGAUGCAAAUAAUUUGUGUCAAUCGGUGAAAGGAAUAUCUUAUGAUAUUACUCAAGCGAAUAUUACUUUGGAGAAGCACAAGAAAGCUUUGGAUGCGCUGAAGAAAGGCAGACAUUUCUUGGAUAAAAUGGAUUCGAAGGCACAGCAAUUGACGAAAGAAGCAUCUCUCAUGCCUAGAUUCAAUUCUGAAUUAAUCGAAAACGAUUUGACAGAAGUUCGACAACGAUACCAAGAUACUUACAACGAUAUCAGUGAGAAAUUGCAAGCCUAUGAGACUCAGGUGAUCAUUUGGAAACAGAUAGAAGAAUCGAAGUCUGAACUCAUCAAGUGGCUCACUAAUACAAAUGAAGCGUUGACCACUGCGUUCGAACGUUUAAUGGAUGCUGAAAACUGCCAAGUAAGAUUGAUAAGAUAUAGAGAAGAGCUGCCUGGUUAUCAGCAAGUAUAUCAAAAUAUCGUGACGAAAAUAGAACAACUCGUAAAAUUGAACAAUAAUUCUGAUAUUCCUACUUUGAAUUCCUUGCAUCAGUUAUUAGAUGACCAAUUCAAAGUGGUUAAAACUUCAGCGGAAAAAUUAGAAUCUUUAACAUCUACUUUGAAUGAGAGAGAAAGGACAAUUAGACAAGAAAUGAAGCGAUGUGGCGACUUGAUCUCAAAGAUUAGAGAAGAUAUAAUCAAGUGUGACGAUUUGACUGGUGAGAACACCAAGAUUCUUGGUCGUAUCAACAAAUGUCAGGAAUUGAAGACAGAAUUAGAGCAAUGUGACUAUACUCUGUCUAAAGUUGAAGAAACAUUGACAAAGAUUUCUUCAGAAUAUCCUAGUAUCUCCAGAUCGAGUUUGCCAAAAGAAUUGCAAGCACUUCAGCUUCGAAGAGAUGGUGUGGCCAAUCACGCUAAUAAAGUGAUAGCAACAUUGGUAGCAUUCUUGACUAAAUUAUAUCACGAAAAAUUCGGAGCUCUUCAACGUAUGGUUGUGACGCUCAAAGAGAAAGUAGCUUGGUGUGAGCCUGAGCAGAGCAGUGAUCGUUACAACUUGGAGGUGAAAAUGGCUUCAUUGAUGGACGUAGAAAUUGGAAUUGCUGAUUGCAUAACUAGAAAGGAGGACGCUGACAACUCAUUGAAACUUCUAGCAUCCGUAGAAAGUGCCGAAACUAUGGCCGCCUUGAAAUUAGAUCGUGACAAGGUUGAAGUUGAUUUGGAGUCAUUGAAAAGCAGCUACAAUAAAAUUAAGAAUGAUCUCGAACGAAACAUCGCUCUGUGGCAACGUUACGAACUCACUUCCGAGAACGUGCUCUCCUGGCUGAAGGAGAAUGAGAAUAAAAUCAGAGCAGAGGCUUCCACUUUGCUCAAUUUGGACGAUAUCGAGCAGAAAAUCGCAGAGAUGACCGAAAUGCAGAAAAGUGUGAUGGAAUAUCAAAGCGAACUGAAAGAUUUGACCGUUUUGGCGGAAGAUAUCACUAGGGUUAGCUCUGAAUCAAGAGUAAAUCAAUACAUCAAUCAUUUGAACACUCGUUACGAUUACGUGUUAAAGUUCUUGGCCCAACAUUUGGAAAGACUUCGAGAAUUGAAAGAAAACAGGGAUCAAUAUGUGGCUAACAAGAAGAAGCUUGAAGCUUGGAUCGAAAACGCGGAGAAAACAUUAAAAGCCUAUGAUGAAAUCACUGGUCCAAAACCUAUAACUUUCUACCAAUCACGUUUGAAAGAGUUGAAAACAUUUGCCGAGGAACGAGAAGUUGGACAAGCUAUAUUGAACAAGACAGCGGAAGCCGGCGAAGCUUUAUUCGCUAGAAUUACACCAGAUCAAAGAGAAAUGAUUAGAACAGAAUUGAGAAACUUCCGUAAUCGCGUGGAUGCAAUGGCGGAUCGUUCUAACGUAAUUUAUAAAAAAAUAGAAAGCGACAUGAUGCAUAGAUCUUCCUUCGAAGACAAAUUCUCUCAAGUGAAACAAUGGUUAUCAGAUGCUCAAAAUAAAUUAGGAGAAAAGCAAGAUUUACUGCCAACAUUACAAGAGAAAAAGCUAGCUCUUCAUUUGUAUAGGGCCGUGGCACAGGACGUUACUGUUCACAAGAAUAUUCUUCAACAACUUCAAGAUAGAUUAAGUACAGCACCAGAUGAUGAUGCGAGUGAAAUGUUAGGCAACGUAAUUGAGGCUUAUGAGAAACUAUCCAACGAGGUCGAAGGACGAAUUAAUAUAGCGGAAAAACACGUUUCUAAUCACGAGGCUUAUCUUCAAACGUUUGAGAAGACUCGAGAUUGGAUUAACACAGUGAUCAACGAAGGAACACCGAUAGUUGAGGACUUUUCAGUUGAACGAGAAACAGCGCAGAGUAAAAUCACCACCAUCGAGAAUCUUUUGCAACAGAAAGCAGAAGGGGAUCGAAUUUUGGCUGAUUGUAACCAACAAUUGAAUAUUGUCUUGGAACAAACUUCUAUGCCAGGUCAUCCAGCCUUGUUAUCCAAUUUUGAGCAACAAAAGAAAAUGUGGGAAGACUUCUUGAAGCGAUGUAUGGCAGCUAGAGAUAAAUUGAAACAUAUGUUCAAUCAAUGGUCCGAGUUUGAGAAGAUUGUAGAAGGUUUGGAGGCCUGGAUCAAGCAGAUGGAGACCCAGUUGAAGGAUCAAAGUUUGAAGAGUACGGAAGAAGCAAAGAGAGCUCAUUUGCAGAAGCUGAAGUCCUUGGAAGAAAGUAUCAUUGCGAAAGGAACUGAAUUUAAUGCCGCCAUUGAGAAGAGUCAGAGCAUCGAAGCUGAAGCAGAUCUAGUUACAAGAGUCUCGAGACAAACCACUAAAUAUCAGGCUAUCAAGAAUCAAAUAAAGGAAGCUGUGAUGCGAUACGAACAAUUUGUGAAAGAGCACAACACUUUCAAUGUGAAAUAUAAUCAAUUAUUGCAAUGGAUCACGGAUAUUAAAUCGGAACUGAAGAAACACAGUGAGAUCGUGGGUGAUCUAUCCGUGUUGCAGAGUAGACAGAAGCUCAUUCGAGACUUGGGUGAUACUAGAACGAAAGAGAACGCUAGAUUCGAAUCUGUCAUAGAUCUUGGAGAAAAAUUAUACGUUCACACGUCGCCUGAUGGUAGAGAAAUCAUCAGACAACAAUUGAGAAAUUUGAGAACCUUGUGGGAUGGAUUUACCGAAGAUUUACAAAACACUAUGCAAAAGUUAGACCAAUGUCUAAUGCAAUUCGCCGAAUUCUCUUUAUCUCAUGAGCAAUUGACAGCUUGGCUUCGAGAUGUUGAACGCGCGAUGCAUCAACAUACAGAAUUGAAAUGUACUUUGGAGGAGAAACGAGCACAGUUGCAGAAUCACAAGAUCAUGCAUCAAGAAAUCAUGUCUCAUCAAUCUUUGGUAGAGUCUGUUUGCGACAAGGCACAACAAUUGGUAGAUCAGACCAAAGAUACUUCUUUGAAUGUCUUUUUACCAUCUAUCAAACAAUUGUUCCACAACAUCGUGGCAAAAUCGAAGGAUUUGUUAGAAAACCUGGAUGAUUGCGUGGAGAAGCAUCAUAGGUUUAAUUUACAAGUGAAGAACUUUUCUGAUUGGUUGAAUGGCGAAAAAGAUAAGCUUGCUGAGUGCAACGAUAUGACUGGAGAAAGAACGGAUAUUUGCAGAAGACUUACCACUUUAGCUAUAUUGAAGGAUGAUCAAAUGCAGGGUGCUGAGCAGCUUGGAAAAUUAAAGGAACUUAGCGAUACGGUUAUUAAGAGAACUGCGCCGAAAGGAUGGGAUGCUAUUAAUAAGGAGAUCAUUAUUUUGGAAGGCAAUCUUCGUCAAUAUUUAAGUGAAAUAGAAUCAGUGGAAGAUAAGCAAAAAACAGCCCUACAAAAAUGGCAAGAUUUCGAAGAUAAAUUGGAAACGCACACAAAAUGGUUCUCAACGAUGGAAGCUGCAUUCAGGGAUCAACAAUUGCAGCCUACUUUGCACGAUAAGGAAGCCCGUUUGCAAGCAUUGAAAGAGAAACGUGAUGCCAUAUUAAAGGAAGAAUUGAAGAUAGACGAGUUCAUUGAUAAAUCUCAUAGUUUGCUUCAUGCAAGUGGAGUUGAGCGUAUCAAGCCUUUGAUCUCCCAAAUAAGCAAUAGAUAUCAAUUGUUGCACGUGCUCAGUAAAGAAGUAGUGACUAGAUGUCAGAGCGUUGUAGAUGAUCAUAGAACGUAUGAAGAGAAAUUAAAGGUCGUAAAUGCUUGGUUGACUCAAUUGGAACAGAGUUUAGCCAGUUUAAAGAAAGAUGAGACAGGUGGAAAUCUGGAAGAGAAAGUAUCUCGUCUGCAGAUAUUGUUGGCUGAAAAGGAACAAGGUGAACAUAGAUUGGGAAGUUUGAUAUCGUUUGGAGAGAGGAUUCUUGCUGAUACGUCGGCUCAAGGAAGAGAAAUUAUUCGCCAUGAGUUGAGACAAGCUCGAGAACGAUGGGAUAAACUUGUGGAAGGCAUAGCCGAGCAACAGAAGAAACAAGAUGCUCAAUCCUUGCAAUGGACCAAUUAUCAAGAGACUCUGCAGCAAAUUUUAGCUUGGUUGGAUACCAUGGAGAGAUCGGUGAAACAGGAUUCGACGAUCACGUGGUCUUCUCUUCAAGAAAUUAAAUCCAAAUUGCUGAAAAGCAAGGGAAUGCACCAAGAAAUUUUGGCUUAUAAACGUAUCAUUGAAGGAGUCUUAGAAAAAGCAAAUGCACUAUCGUACACGUCUCAGGCGCCAUCGGACGCUCAACAAAAGGCUGCCUCAGUUUCCGGAAGAUACGAGGAUCUGGUCGAAAUGUCACAGAAAAAUAUAUUCAAUUUGGAAACUCUUCUAGAUACUUUCCAGCAAUUCUACGAUCUACAAAAAUCUUAUCAAGAUUACCAGAAGCAACAAUGGGAGCAAUUAGCCAACUACAGCGACUAUACUGGCAACAAAGCUGCUUUACAAAUUCAAUUGACGAAGAUCAUGGAGCUUCAAGAUGGCCAAAGGGAAGGAGAAUUGAAAUUAGACAUUCUCAGUGAACACGUGUCUCAGAGUGCUCAUAAUUUAUCACCCAGAUCAUUAGAAUCUAUGGAAAGAGACUUGGCUACGCUAAGAUUCGAACACAAAAAGUUCACCACAGCUGUAAACGAUAUUAUUCGAUGCAUCGAGGAGAGGAUCCAACAAUGGAGCGAAUACGAGAACUCUUUAGAACGUUUGUUAGCUUGGUUGGCAGAUGCAGAAUCGUCUUUGAAAAAUUAUUCUCUGAAGAACACUCUCGAUGAGAAACAAGAACAACUUGAAAAGUAUCAGAUGUUGAUCGUGAAUCUACGGCAAAACGAGGCAGAAUUCGAUAAGAUGAGCGACGAAUCUUCCGAGCUGAUGCAAAUUAGCGGUGAAACAAGAUUUUCUGCCAGUGUCCAACAAAUCACCUCUCGGUUCCAAUCUAUUCAAGCGACUGCUAAAGAAUUAGUUAAAAAAUGUGAACAAGCAGUGGCAGACCACGCAGCCUAUCUUGAACGUUACAAACAAUGUUCCGAAUGGCUAGCAAAUACACGAACUACUUAUCAAUCAAUCAAGGAUGACUUCAGCGGUACUCGUCAAGAAUUAACUUCGAACGUGGCAACCUUAAAAGACCUUCUAGCCCGACAAUCUUCGGCAACUCUUUUGAUCAAUAAUACUGUCGAAGCUGGAGAACGUUUGUAUCCUACCACAGGCAUGGAAGGCAGAGAAAUCGUCCGCCAACAAUUAUUAGACCUCCAACGAGCCUUCGAGGAACUCUACGACAGCAUUGCCUCUACUGAACGAGAAUUGCAAUCGAAGAUUUCUCGUUGGUCCGGUUUUGACGAAUCCAAUGAAUCGUUCGACAAAUGGUUGAAAACUGUCGAGACUCAAUUGAAACCAGAAAUCGAGUUGAAAACCACUUUGGACGAGAAACGAGCGCAAUUACAGAUCUAUCGUUCCUUUUUGCACGAUAUUCAAUCCCAUCAACAAGAUUUACUCGAUCUUCGAGACAAGGCUGACAAUUUACCGGAUUCCACGGACAAGGUGCAUCAAACGCUGAAGAAAUUGAGCGAGAGACACGCAACCGUGUUGAAACGUGCGGCUGCUUUUGUCGAAAGAUACGAAGGCAUCGUUAGUGAUCAUCAACAGUACAGCAAGGCUGUUCUGGAUACCCACGAGUGGAUAGAUGCGACCCACAACGCGGUUAUUCUUUGGGGUGACACGGAACUCGAACGUGUAUCUCUUCACACUAAUCUGGACAGAUUGAGGAACUUAUUGCAGAGUUUACCAGAGGAUAAACCAAGAGUGCAACAGAUAAGAACAUUAGGCGAAAAAGUGAUUCCAGGCACGUUGGAGUCUGGACAGAUCAACAUUCGAUCCCAGAUCGAUUCCUCACAGCAAGAGUGGGAAAGUCUGGUCACUGCGGUGAAGUCUACUAUAGAAACAUUGGAGAAUAAGCUUCAACAAUGGAACGAAUUCGAAACGUCGAAAGAACGAUGUUUAGCUUGGAUGAGAGAAACUGACACCAAGCUUCAUGCGGUGGAUUUGAAGGCUACUUUGCAGGAAAAGAAAGACCAAUUGGAACUUUUAAGAACUCUUCAGGGACAGGUGCGUGCGAAAGAAUUGGAGAUAGACGCUGUUACCGAAAAGGCUCAACAACUUCACAAGAAUAUUACGUCUCGUACCACUCAUAUGUCGGAGUUGAGCAUCAAGUAUCAACAAAUAUCUAACAAAGUGAAAGACUUGAAUAGUCGUUGGCAUCAAUAUGUGACUACUCAUCAGGAAUUCGAUAAUCAAGUGGCAGAAUGUACUAGAUGGUUAGAUGACAUUAGGAAGAAGCUGGCCUAUUGCUCUGACUUAGGUGCAUCCUCUCAGAAAGAUUUGGAAAACAAGAUGGAGAUAGUGCAAGACUUAUUAUUGUACAAGGAAGAUGGGUUCGCCAAAGUACAAGGUAUUGUGGUUAGCCAGGCAGUCUUGGCAAAUACGGCUCCAACUGGACACAAGGCUAUCAACGAUGCUGUUGGAAAGCUGCAAGAGCAGUGGAGUGCUCUGGCCUCGAAGAUGUUGGAGACCAAAACUAAUUUGGAUGACUCUAUCAAUAAAUGGGCUGGUCUUUUAGAACAGAUACAAUCGAUGAACAAAACCGUGGACUACAUGCAGUCUGCUUUGAACGAGUUCAUGCCUUUUCAAACUACCAUGUCUGAAAAGAGAUGUCAACUGGAACGUAUUAAGGCUUUGGAGGAGAAGGUUCGAUGUGAGAACAUUGAAGUCGAUAGUUUGAAAAUCAAGGUCGCUGAGAUGAUUGCCAGUGGACCUCAAGGGUUAGCUGCAUCACAGGCACAGAGCAUUCUGAACAGAUUCGAUACAUUGUUUGAAAAAAUCAAGUCCUUGCUAACAGAACGUGAAGAACAAUACAAGGAUCAUAGAUUAUACAAGGAAGCGCACGAUGAUAUUAUUAAUUGGUUGAGCCGAGCUCGUGAGAAGAUUCCAUCUAUGAAGCAGAGACCAUUAAGCGAUAAAUUGGCUAUCGAAAACGCUGUGGCUCCACUGGAAAGUUUGUUGAACAAGAAGGCUCAAGGAGAAUUGUUAGUGGAACAUCUUCAGCAUACUGGGAAGGUUGUAUGCGCAAGCACGAGUCCUCAAGGUCAGGAAAUUAUAAAGAACGAAGUGAAAGCUUUGACUCAAAGUUUCGAAGAACUUUUCAGAGAAAUCAAGCAACAAAAGGAUCAAUUAGAACAAACAGUGAGCCAAUGGCGCGAUUACAAGGACGAGUACGAAAGAUUAAGCGAUUGGUUGCAGCAAUUUGAUAUUCUCAUAAAGGCGCAAAAGAAUUCUCUAUUACCAAAUGUAGCUGAGAAGGAAAAACAGGUGCAAGAAGUGAAAGAGAUAUUGGAGAAUUUGCUAAAAGGGCAAGAACAAAUCGACAAAUUCAACAAGACAGCGUCCAGUCUACUUUCGUCUCACUUGGACACCUAUAUAAAUAACCAACUUCGACACUUAAACUCGCGUUAUCAGGUUCAGGUGAAUCUUGCCAAGGAUGUCCUGAACAAAGUCGAAACUAAUCUAGCUCAACACAAAGAAUACGAAGCUAAUUUGGAAAAAACACGUGCAUGGAUCGAGAAUGCGAAACAAAUUAUUCGAAAGGGAACAGAAGCAGCGUCGACUAGCAGCAGAGAAGAAUUGCAGAAUAGAUUGGACAAUAUCCAAGAGUUGUUGAGAAAACGGGAAGAGGGUCAGAACUUGGUCCAUCUGACGGUGAAUUGUGGUGAGAAAGUGAUGAGAAACACUCGAUCAGAUGGGCGAGAAGAGAUCAAUGCUCAAUUGAAAGAGAUCCAAAAUGAUUGGGAAAGAUUGGUGAAGAAGAUCUCGACGACGAAAGUGCGUUUAGAAACGAGUCUUCUUCAAUGGGCUGAUUAUAGCUCGUCUUACCUGCAAUUGCAGCAAUGGAUCAACGAUAGAGAAGCUAAAUUGCAACAAGUCUGUGAACAGAAGGUAUCCAAGGCUAGAAAGGGUCUGGCUGGAUUGAGUUCCUUGGCUAUCGGAGAAAGGAAGGCGAAUCUCAGGCAAACGAACAGCAUCGUUCAAGAUAUAGUGGCGUUUGAACCGAUGAUUCAAUCGGUUACAACGAAGGCCGAGGAUCUUCGACAAGCCACACCAGCAACAGAAAUUUCCAUCAAAUAUGAAACAUUGAGCAAACAAGCUCAGGAAUUGUAUGCCAAACAGAAGGAGACUGUAGAGCAACAUCAAGCGUUUAUAGACAGUGGAAAUGAAUUUAUACAAUGGAUAAGAGCUGCUAAGGAGAGGCUUGGUAAAUGCUCCGAGCCUACUGGAGAUAAGGAAUCGUUGGCAAACAAAAUCACUCAAUUGAAGGUAUUGCAAAGUGAGUUGCCAGAGGGUCAGAAGAAAUUGCAACACGCCUUGGAGCAAGGAAACGCGGCAUGCCAGAUCGCGGAUGAGGAGGACAAAGAGAUUAUUGAAGAGGAAGUGGCGUUGUUGCAAGAAGAGUACGAUAGUUAUGUGGACUCCCUGAACAACACCAAGAGUUUGUUGGAAGUUGGAAUAGUGAAAUGGACAGAAUACGAGGAUCAAUUCUCGGAAGCUACCGAAUGGCUCACACAGACCGAACAAUUAGUGCAGUCGUUUAACAAACUUCAAGAUAGUUUGGAAGAGAAGAAGAAUGUUCUCGAACAGUUCCAAAUUCACUUACAAACUUUGUUCGACUGGCAGAAGGAAUUAGAUCGAUUGAAUAUGAAAGCUCAGAUGUUGCUGGAGACUUGUGCGGAUACUAGAAUUUCGAAUGCUAUUACUCAAUUGACGACCAAAUAUAAUGCUCUUCUAUCUUUGGCUAAAGAAAUAAUGAGACGUCUCGAGUUACAUUAUCAGGAACAUCAACAACAUAAUACGUUGUAUCAAGAGUGUCAAGAUUGGAUAGAACGAACACGUGACAAAUUGAGCGAGUGUAAAGAACUUCCAAGCACUUUAACCGAGGUGAACAAUAAAUUGCACACUUGCAAAGCCAUCAGACAAACACUGGAACAAGGCCAGAACAAGUUACGUUAUGCUCUCGAACUGAAAGAAAAAGUGAUCAUGAACACGGAACAGAACGGCGCCGCAAAGAUUCAAGAAGAUACAGAGAAUCUGAAAACAGAGUUUGAGAGAUUAUUGGUCAAUGUGGAAGACAUAAGACAAAAGCUUUCCGCGAGAGCAAGCGCAUUGGAGGAAUUGAACAAAAUUCAUCGGUUGACUACAGACUGGAUCGAAGAGAUCGAGGGCAAAAUUCAACCAGGUGAAAUGUACAAGAACGAUUUGAGCGAAAAACGAGCGGUAUUAGAGAAAUAUAAGACAGUUCAGAGGGAUAUUCAAGGUCAUGGUGAAACCGUAGACCGAUUGAAAGCUCGUUUGGCUGAAGAUUCCAGUAUACCUAUUGGUCCUUAUCAAUCCACUAUUGCCAAGUACGAUGAAUUGACCAAAUUGAUCGCUGAAAAGAUUAAAAAUUUGGAAGAGCAAGUGAACGAUCACGAAAAGUUCCAGCAAGCUCACAAUGAAGCAGCGGAUUGGGUUCGCCAUACAAAACUGGAACUUCAACAAAACUGCGACACUCAUGGAGAGAAGGAGCGAAUCAUUGAACGAGAGAACAAAGUAAACCAGAUCAUAGCUUCCCUUCCCAAAGGAGAGAGCUUGAUCUCGAAGGUAAUCGAACUCAGCGAUGGUGUGAUCGCUAGUACAGGUCCAGAAGGUCAAGCCAUCAAACAGGACAUGAAACAACUACAAGCAAACUGGAAAUCUCUGCAAUCUCAGUGUCACGAGUCCCAGAAGACUUUGUCCAACUGUAUCGCCAACUGGUCUCAAUUUACAACUGCGUUAGACAGUAUGAAAAGAUGGAUAGACCAUUUCCAGAAGAAGGUGAACGACGAACAAUCGAAAGAGAAUAAAACUCCGGAGGACUUGGUCCGAUGCAAAAGCCUCGUGGAGGAAGCUAUCCAACAGAAACCAGUUUUGGAAGAUCUGAACGACAAAUGCGAGGCCUUGCUGGAGCUGAGUGCUUGCAGCUGGGCUCGUGACAAGACUGUACAAUUGCAAUCUGCUUACACGUCUCUGUUGACCGAUAUGCAAGGUCUUGUUUCUCGGGUGGAGAAGAAUCUGUCCGAUCACACCGAGUUCCUGAAGGCGAAGAAAGAAAUGGAAGAUUGGUUGCGCAUUGCUCGAGGCUCAGUACAAGAUUGUAUGGGCGUUGGAGAUGCUGAAUGGGCUAAGGAUAAGUUGGAAACUAUCAAGAUCGUAGCAACAAGAAUUACCGAGGGUCAACAUUUAUUAUCAACAUUGCAAACCGCCUUCACGAAAGCCAUAGACACAGCUGUACCAGAGCAACAGGAUCAAUUGAGAUCAGACAUGGCGGGACUCCUUUCCAGCUGGGAACAACUCAACAUCGAUUUGAACACCGUUCAAGCUCAACUUAAAUCCCUGUUGCAUCGUUGGGACGAUCAUUCAGAAGCUCAUGGAAAAUUAAAACGAUGGUUGGAAGAAACGGAGAAUAGUAUGCAAGAUCUUCCAGACACAAAAGGAGAAUUCGGCGAUAUGAAGACCAUGCUUGAACGUUAUAAGCACAUCCAGGAGGAAGUACGCGGCAAGAAGACCGAGUUGGAUCAUUUAAUGGACGAAGCUAGCGAAUUGUCGAAACUGGCGAAGAAAAACACGCCUCUCGAAAGAACGAAGGAAUUGUUGAAACGAUGGGAGAAUUUGAGCGAAAACGUGGACGAGAGGAAGAGGUUGAUCGAGAACGAGAUGCAGGAAUACAACGCGUAUCACGCAGCCUUGCAAGAGACAGAGAAAUGGUUGUUGCAAAUAUCUUUCCAAUUAAUGGCCCACAAUUCUCUGUACAUCACGAACAAGGAGCAAACGGUGUCGCAAAUUCAGCAGCAUGAAAACCUGCUCGCGGAAAUCGAGAAUUACACGAGUGUGUUGAACGAUUUAAAGUUGAAAGGAAAUGGACAGAUCACUCGAUACGUCGCGGUCAAUCCCGAGAUUAAGACGAUCAUCGAAACGCAACUGCAAAAUGUUCAAGAGAGCUACAACUCUUUGUUGAACACGGCACUGCAAAUAAGAAGAUUGGCGGAAUCGUUGGUCAAAUUCCAGGAAUACGAGAACACUCUGGAGAGUAUUAUGAAGAAUUUGGACGCGUACGAACCGGAAAUCGCUCAAGAAAUGGAAGCGCCGUUGGAUACUCUCGACGCAGCGAAACAGAGAUUCGAAAAUGCGCGCACGUUGCACAAUAAAUUGCAAGGGGAGAAGACGAGGCUUGCUCUGGCUGUCGAGGCUUGCGAGGCUGCGGUAGCCUGUGUCUCCAGACCCGGAAGUCCUCUGGAUGCGCCGCCUGUGCAAAUUCCAGCUAGGGAAGUCGAAGUGAGAAACAAAUUAGAGGAAUUGAUCGAUCAGGCACAGGGACACUUGAUGAACGUAACCAAGGCUCUAAACGAGUUGGAAGAGCAAACACGACAGAAGAACGUUCUCCGUGCGUGGAUUAACCAGCAAAGGGCUCUGUGCGCCGAAUGGAAGUCUCGUCCAGCGAAAUUGAGAUCCGAAGCAGCUCUUGCCGAAUUGCAAGCUAUGAACGAUUUGCUUGGAAACGUUGGAGAACGUCGAACCCACGCAUUGACAGAGCUGUCUCUUCACGAGGACGAUCAGGAUAUCGAGGAGGGAUUGAACAAACUGGAGGCAGAGUUGACGGAUGCCAUUGGUGGAAAACAAGCGGCGCAGGAUCUGAUUCAGAAGUAUAGGACACAGGUGCAAAACAUGCAAUCGUGGUUGGAUACGUUGUCCAAAAAAGUGGACGUUAUCGAGAAAGGGAACGGGCAAACGAUUGGACAGAAGAUAGCUAGCGUGAAAGAGAUCACGACCGAGUUCGAAUCCCAGGGACCUGGAAAAUUGAACGAGGUGAAGACUUUGAGCGAUCAAGUGAUGGAUUCGGUGAGCAAUUUAGAUUCUCAGCAAAUAGAAGAGCAAAUUAAAUCAGUGGAGAGACGAUACGCUGAUAUUGGGAAGAAACUGCAGAGGAAGGCGCAAGUGCUGGACAUGACUGCUCAAGGUAUCGAAGCUACAAGGCAGGAGAUCGAAGAGAAUAGAGAUUGGAUUCAGCAAAAGAAGAAGCAAGCCCAGAUGUCCGAGCCUGUUGGAUUUGACAGCAAGCAGGCAGAAGAAAGGCUUCUUGCCUUGAAGGCAAUGUUGAAGGAAGCAGAGGGAAAACAAAUGGUGAUUGAUACGUUGGAGAAACGAGUAGGAAACAUGCAGAACGAAUUAGAGUCGAACGAGCAGCAACAACUGGAAAAUGAAACGAAAGCUCUGCGUGGUGAACAGUCCCAACUUUGCACAAUUUUGACAGAGGGAAUUUCGAGUGCCACGGCUGCGGCUGAUGCCCGUCGUAAGUUCGAGGCUGAUCUCGAACGAGCACGAAGUUGGAUCAAAUCGAAGAGCAAUAAUUUGAAGAAAUUGAGCGGUUAUCUUCCUCUAAAAGCGUCGAAAGUCGAGCAAGAUAUCGUGCAACACGGUGAAUUGGAAACUGAUAUCGAUUCGUUCAGCGAGAAAGACCUGAACGACAUUUUGAAACAAGGAAACAAUUUGCUGAAGGAGUGUAGCGAAGAGGAUCGUGCCAGAUUGAAUAAGAUCUUGGAUGAAUUGAACAAAGACUACGAGGAGCUGAAAAGCGAAGCACAAGAGAAACAAGCUGCGUUGGCGGAUCUUCUUCAAGGGCGAAAGGCUUUCGAGAAUGAAAUAGACAAGUGCCAGAGAUGGAUCAAUGAAGCUGAAGUUGCUACAUCUUCGGAUCUGAGAACUUCAAGUAUUGAUAUUCUAAGAGAGCAGCUGGCUAAGUACGAUCGUUUGAAGAAAGAGGCAAAGGAAUACGCAGACGACAUCGAGAAAUUAAUGCAACAAGGAAAAUCGAUUCUUCCAACCGUGACCGAUGCCGAUAAGCUCGAGUUAAACGAACAAUUACAAAACAUGAAGGAAGCUCACGGUAGAGUUGCUGGUAUAAUAAAUGAAAGAGCUCUCGCUCUUCAAAAGAGCAUCGACGAAGCCGAAGAAUCAUUGGCACGAGUGGCUGAAGCCAUUCAAUACAUGACAGACGUUCAGAAAGAACUUCACGAGCUUAACAAACCUAUUGGUUCGCGCGUAGAAGACGUCGAGGCCAUGCUGGAUGCGUACGAGAGAAUAUUGAACGAUUUGAAAACGAACAAGGCGAAAUUGUCCGACUUACAAUCGAUCAAUGUGGCCGAUCUUCAUGGGGUAUUAACUCAGCAGGAUGAUCUGAUGAAAGCUAUAGAGUCCCAAAUUGCGAAACUUCGCCAGUUACUUUUGUUACGUCAACAAUUCAUCGCUUUGAUCACAGAGAUAACUACGUUCAUAGCCAAAUAUACGGAGAUCGUUCGAGAUAUCGAGAAUUCUGGCCAGACGACGGAGGAAAAGAUCAAAAGGUACGACGAUGCAAUUCUAAAGAUCCAAGAAUGCGAAGCUACCCUCGCCAGUGCAACGGACAAGGGUCAACAAAUCGCAGCAGAAGGUUCAACUGUAGAUAGAAACAAUAUAACGGAACAACUACAGUCUCUAAAACAACAAUUGCAAGGUCUGAGAAGAGCUGUGGAAACUCAAAGGGAGCAGCACGAAUUGGCAGCAGCGGAACACAAGAGACUGGCGAACGAAUUGGCUGAGAUUCUGGAUUGGUUGGAGGACAAAGAGAAAGAAGUGAAAUCUAGACCCCUGCUAGAAAGAGAUCCAAUCAGCGUGGAAGCAGAAUUGCAAAAACAUAACGAGCUCUGCGAAGCAGUCAACGAACAUCUCGAUAGAAUUAGAAAUUUGAAGAAUUCUGUCCCUCACGAAGAAGGAAUGCCUGGUUCGUUGAAGGAAAUGCUGAGCGAGGCUGUCUCUCUGUUGACCUCUUUGCCCAGAGAAAUGGAGGAGCGUGGAAAUUAUUUGGAGAGCAAUAUGAAGCUGAGACAAGAGUAUGCUGCUCUUACCGAGAAACUUCGAAGUUGGGUCCGCGAGGCAGAGAUUCGAUUGGAAAGUGACAAGGAUGGACUCGAUUUCGAGAACAUCCUGAGCGAUCUCGAGGAGCACAAGAUCUACUUCAGCAGCGAGCCAUCGAUUCGCGAAUUGGUGUCUCAGCAAAUUCAGCAAGCUGGUGACAAAAUUUGGCCGUCGUUGAACACGUCCGAGCAGGAGGAGUUAAGCGCCGAGCAACAGCAACACACUCAAUUAUUGAAAAACACGUUGAACACAGCGAAAUCUCAACGCGCCAGGUUGGAACAAGGCGCUGAAACUUGGAGGGAUUACACGCAAACCCUGGAACGAGUUCGAGCCGUGAUAGCGAGGAGCAGAUUCACCGACGAGCCUGUCACCACUCUGGCUGGACUGCAAUUUAACAUCCAGAAGAUCACGCACGCGCUCAAUGACAUACAGAAUCAACAAUUCGAAUUGGAUCUAUUGAUCGAACGCAGUCAAGAAGUGCUUCGAUUGGCCGACGCUAAUAACAAGAAAACGAUAGAGGCGCAGAUUUCUGAGAUCAGUGCGGAAUGGAAAGAGUUGGUUUCCGGGUUGGAAGGGCGAAGGGAUGCUCUCGAGGCGUUGUCCAAGCAUUGGGAAGAUCUGGAGGCGCAAUGGUCACUUAUCGAGACUAAAGUAAAUGCUAUCGAGGAGAAGAGCAAACUUUUGGACACCGUGGUUCGUUCUAAGCAACAUUUGCACGACACCAUCAAAUCUCUACAUGAGUUGGUAACGGAAGCGGAGAAAUUGAAACCGAUGGCAGCGGAAGUGAAAGCUUUAUCAGGACCUGUUCUAGCAUAUCUGGCUGCCUUCACAAAGGCUCCAGCUCAUGCUCUCGAGGAAAAGCUGAAUAAAUUGCAGAAUUCCGUCGAAUCGCUCAUCGACACCCUGCAGACGAAAUCCAAGAAGGCGGACGAGGACUUGGAGGCGUUCGAAGGCACUGAGCGUGAGAUCGAUCAGCUGAGGAAGCGUCUGAACGAGGCGCGCGAACGCGCCUCGAACUUGUACAUAUUCGGGCCGGAUCAGGACGCGACCGAGGAGGAGCUUGACGAGCUGCGUUGGGCUGUCGAGCAGCUCCUCGAGAGCGGGAAAAAGUUCUCAGGAAGCACUAAGGCGCGGUACCAAGCUAGCCAGCAGCUUGUCCCCAGCGAUCUUGCCCAACACCUGACCGCCCUCGAACUUUGCGCCGAGGCGACAGCGCAGGCCAUGGAGGAGAAACAGAGGGAUCAGAAGCGCGCGAGAACCGUCAGAUCGGAUUAUCUGACCGAUCUGGACGAGGUUCAAGCGUGGAUAAGGCAGGCCGAGUUGAAGGUUCAGGACAGAUCGAUCGAGCCUGUACCUCUCAAGGAUCAAUUGAGGCAGGUGCAAGAGGAGUUGGGUACGAUUAGCGACAAGCUCGAACGAUUAACGAGAAAUGGCCGUACCAUUGCGGAGAACACGAGGGACGAUACGGAGAAACAAUUGAUCGACAGCACCGUUCACAACGUGACCGAACAGUUGAACCAAGUGAGGAAUUGGUUGGACGAGAGGAAACAAGUGGUGGCGGAUACCAUUGACGCUUGGCAGAGAUUCUUGUCGUUAUACGAGGCCGUGAGGACGUGGACCGAGGAGAAGAAACAAUUCUUGGUUGAGCCUUUGAAGCUCAGCACCCUCGUGCAGGCUAGGCAAAGGUUGCACGAGUAUUCGACAGCCGUGAAAAGCUGCAAACAGAUAAACAAGAAUCUCAGUGACAUGGGUAAGGAGCUCGAGAGUAUCGGUCAGGUUUGCAGCGUGGGCGACUUGCCCGAGAAACUGCUCGAAGCUGAAGAAGCUAAGGUUCAAGUCGAGGGUCAACUGUUGGAGAGGAACGCGCUGCUGCAAGAAACUAGCGAGGAAUGGGAGCAAUGCGAGCGAAAGAUGAAAGAAGUGAAAACGUGGAUCGAGAAAGCGAAACAGAGUCUCGAAUCGCCGCAACAAAAAGAACCGUUACGGGAUCAGCACAGCAUACGGGAGAAAAUGCUAAGCGAUAUUGCGAUACAGAAAACGAAAAUCGGUAUAUCGAUGGAGAAGCUCCAGGUUCACUUCCGAUCGGGGAUCGGUGGCGAUAGCCGAAUCGGCGAAACGGUUGACGAGCUGCUGGCCGAGUUAGACAAUCUUCACGCCAACGUGAAGGAACAGACUACAGCGUUGGAGGGUUGUUUAGCUCAGAUCGAUCAAUAUCAACAGGAGAUACAACAAUUGAGGCAACAGAUUAUGCAGGUAGAGCAACAAUUGAGGGCAGUGCUGAGUCCGACAUACCUGUCCACCGACAAGGAGAAGGCGUUGCAGGAGCAACAGAUUUGUCGUGAGAAGAUCAAGUCGUUGCAGAGCAAAAUCCAGGCGCGUACAGAGAGGUCGAAGAUCCUCGCGCAACGUGGCAGGCCCGAUCCAGAGCCAUUGGAUCCAUGACCAGUCUAGAUAGGCGAUCCAGAUCGUCGAAAGCUUCGCGAUACGUCUGGUCACGUUGUGACAAUCAUUAGCGUCGUUUCCUCGCGUUCGUUUCUUUUCUCACCCGGUGCAGUUCCGCGAGUUCCAUCUCGAGCGAAGGGAACGUCGAAGAAAAAAAUGGCAGAAGAUUCUCUUUCAGAGAAUCUGUCAGCUGUGAAACAUCGUCGUUCGUCCUCGUUCGAGGAGUGGAUACCGAUUUUUAAUACCUCAGGAUCUUUUUUUAGCGAACUUUAUAUUAUAUAUAUAUAUUAUAUAUAUAUAUAAUGUAUGUACAAUAUAUAUAUAUAUAUAUAUAUACGUAUAUCGUCUAUAUUAUAUUAUAUCGAGCAAAACUUUUUCCUAAAUGUUAUUGUUCGUCCAGGCAUAGAGAGCAGACUUGCAUUCUUAUUAAAGAAAAACGAAAAAGAAUAGAAAAAAAAAACGAUCGAAAGUAUGUUAUUAUUUUAAAAAAGAGAGAAUAAAAAGCCUUCUUUGUUGCAAAAAAAAAAUAAAAAUAUCGUGUAUUUCUUCGCGAGCCAAACCAUCGCUGAUCAUAACGUUAAUCUAGCAUACGUGCAUAUACUAAAAUUACCUGAAGAAA